AUGAAUGAUUAUCUUAACUUAUACGUUCCAUCUUAUGAUCCAUAUUAUAAUAUGGAAAUGAACUCAAAGCGUGUUAUGAUGCCAUCAGUCAGCUAUUGGGUCUACGAAAAGAUUAAUUCAGAAUCUCCGGAUUAUUAUUCAAAUAAGGAUCCAAUCUACAAUGAAUACAGACGAAAAACAGGAGCAAUUGGAUUCGUAAAACCUCCAACAUCGAAAUAUUGGAAAGAAUACGCUGAUUCACAUAACAAACCAACACUUUCACACUUAGAAGAAACUCAUGACGACGAAGAUGAAUUAGAUGUAUUUUACUCAAAGAAUGGUAUCAAAAUGCUUCCUAGAGUUGGCGCUACUCGUCAAGAAUUAAUUCAAUAUUUCGGUAAGGCAGGUGAAGAAGCUGCCAAUGAACUACAAAUGGUCGAUGCACCAUUUAUAGAAGGAUUGAGAUCUGUUUUCGAUAUUGUUGUCGAUCCAGAUGAUGAAAUUGUCCAAUCAAUCAAAUCAAAUCCAAAAUACCCUCCAGUCAGACCUGCAGACAACUUCCCACAUCAUCAAACUCCAAAGCUUAUCUCUGUACCUCCUUAUGAAGGCGAUCUCAGUGAAAUUGAUGUCGAUAAAAUGCUAAUCGGAGAAAAGAAUGACGAUCUUGGUAAGUCCAAUGUUUGCAAUGAAUCACUUAUUACUGAAAUCUUCGAAAGAAAGGAUGAAUUCGCUGCAUUUGACGCUAAACAAUUUAAUGAUGCAAGAAUUAAAGCAAAUCCAUGGGAAACAAUCGGAAAAGUCAUUUUCCAGAACCGUGCUGCCAUGAAAAUGGCAAAUUUAGAUGCAAUUUUCAAUUUUACAAAUUCUCCAGAAUUUCCGAAUUUGGCGCCAAAUUGCGGUAAGCUAGAAGACUAUUUCUACUUUGCAGAUAUUUGUGCUGGUCCAGGUGGCUUUACUGAUUAUCUUUACUGGAGAUUGGAUGGUCGUGCAAAAGGUUUCGGUAUGACCCUUGCCGGCGACCACGACUGGGCCCAGCCUGAAAUGUUCCUUUCAACAAUACCUAAUUUUACGAAAGUUUACGGUCCAGAAGGCAACGGCAACAUAUUUAAUCCAGAUAACAUCGAAGACUUAUACAAUACGAUCAAAACAGAAACGAACAACAAAAUGGUACAACUCGUUACAGCCGAUGGUGGUACAGCUGUCGAUGGCGAAGAAAAUGCUCAAGAACAACUACAUAAGAGACUUGUUCUCUGCCAAUUCCUUACAGCAUUGAGAGUAUUACGUAAAGGCGGUUCAUUCUUAUGCAAAACAUUCGAUGUUUAUACAGAUUUCUCCGUUGAAUUAUUAUAUUUACUUGCACAGUGCUUCAACAGGUUCUGUAUUAUCAAGCCUUACACAUCUCGUCCUGCUAACUCCGAAAGAUACGUUGUUGGCCUCGGAUUAAGGGAAGAAGAUCCUCCAGCGAGAUCAUUGUUCAGCCGUCUCAACGAAAGUGAAGUUUGGAAGGACACAACAAAAGAACCAUUAUCAUUCUUCCCAUUCGAGAAGAUUCCGAACGAGUUUAUCCAGUAUGUCAAAGAAUCCAACGAAUAUCUCGUUGAAUACCAAGACAAAGCUUGCGUAAACCUGUUAACAUACGGUUACAAUCCUGAACUGAAGCCUCUCGACCAAGAAGAUGUGAAGAGAAGAUGCUUGGAAGAGUGGAAAGUUCCAACAACGGUUAAUAAGAAGGAAGUCAUCCUGAAAUACCAAGCAUGGCAACCAAAAGAGAUCAAGUCCACUGCAAAUGUCGAUGCAAUGUUCCCUUUGGCCCAAGUUCAAGAAAAGAAAUAUAUUUUGGAACCUCCAAUGCAAACAAGGAUCGAUCACAACAACAAGAUAACAUAUGUAUCGCCAAUGGGUGAGAAAAUUGCAGAAAUGAGGAGAGGACUCUAUGAUGAAAGUAAUUAUUACGAAUAUAUCACUUAUAAGAAAGCAAGAACUGCAGAAUCAUUAUUGAAUCAUGAUAAUGAAUAUGACGAUGAUAAUAAUAAUAGAGGCCAGCUUAAUGGCACUGAAAACAAACCAAAAUCUGUUGUUGUUUUCGCUAAUUAA